AUGUGGACUCAGACACAGGAUAUGUUAAAAGGAAUGGUUGGUGAUGUGCACACAAGAUUAAUGAAGAAGAACUACGAAGCAGUUCCUGACUGGUGGUUCCACACUCUGUUGGUGACAAUGUUCGCGCUUGCCCUCUUCACAUGUGAAGGUUUUGGCAAACAACUCCAACUCCCAUGGUGGGGACUUAUAUUGGCUUGUGCCAUAGCCCUGUUCUUCACCUUACCCAUCGGUAUAAUAACAGCUACAACCAACCAGCAACCAGGGCUAAAUGUGAUCACAGAGUUGAUCAUUGGGUAUCUGUACCCAGGAAAACCUCUAGCAAAUGUGACUUUCAAGACCUAUGGUUAUAUAAGCAUGUCGCAAGCAAUCACUUUUCUGAACGAUUUCAAAUUAGGUCACUACAUGAAGAUCCCUCCCAGAGCCAUGUUUGUUGUUCAGUUGGUUGGAACAAUAGUUUCUUCUUCCAUCUACUUCGGCACAGCUUGGUGGCUUCUCUCAACAGUUGAGCACAUCUGUGAUCCGUCUCAACUACCCGAUGGGAGUCCUUGGACAUGCCCUGGUGACGAUGUUUUCUACAAUGCUUCGAUCAUUUGGGGAGUAGUAGGCCCAAUGCGAAUGUUCACAAAGUACGGGGUAUACCCGGAGAUGAACUGGUUUUUCCUCAUUGGCUUUCUUGCACCCGUACCCGUAUGGCUGCUUUCGCGGAAAUUCCCUGAAAAGAAAUGGAUCAAGCUGAUCCACAUGCCUCUUAUUUUGGGAAGUACAAUGGGCAUGCCACCAGCUAGAUCUGUCAAUUAUUUGAUGUGGGGAGUUGUGGGACUCUUCUUCAACUUGUAUAUUUACAAGAAAUUUAAGGGAUGGUGGGCAAGGCACACUUACGUUUUGUCGGCUGCAUUGGAUGCUGGAAUUGCCUUCAUGGCUGUUGUUCUUUACUUCACCCUUCAAGCAAAGGAUAUCGCUGGUCCGGAUUGGUGGGGUUUGACUACAGAAGACCAUUGUCCAUUGGCUAGGUGCCCAACAGCACCAGGGAUAGAAGUAAAAGGCUGUCCUGUUCUUUGAUGUGCAUACUUGUCACUGGAUGAUAUAGGCUGUUCUAUAAACGUAUAAUUGUGGAAAACUGUGAAUUCUGUUGUCUGGCUUCUGGAAUG